AUUCAGUCAACGGCGGGAGAAUUGGCAGCGUGUAUCUACAUCAACAAUGUCGACCCGAGUUGCAAGUCAAGUUGGUCCAAAAUUGGGAAGAAAACAGAUAUUCCUACCAAAUUUUACCCUCACUCUUCUGCGAACACCAACACAGCCUGCGACUUUCGCAUCCUUUAUCGUACCCCUGAAUUUGAACAAAUUGGACCUGCGAGAUUAUCUAUGGAACGCAUACGGCAUUAGUGUGCGUGGCGUAAGGAGUUACAUCCAGCAGCAAAAAGUUCGACAGGAUAAACCAGGAGCGAAGAGACCGAAGCCAAGGAAAUGGUACAGACCGAGAGCUAUCAAGAAAAUGAUGGUUGAGAUGGAAAAGCCUUUUGUGUGGCCUGCUGUGCCGGAGAGUUUCGAAGAUUGGGAUAAAUCUACAUUCGAUGCAGCGGCGGAAGGUCGAAAGGAAGAAGAGUCAGUCUACAGAUGGGACGCACGAAUGCAGGCAAAUAAAGAGAGAGGGAGCAUAGCAGAACAAGCUAAAGCCCUCCAAUCAGGGGAGGAUUCUUGGAAACAAACGCCAGUACGUGACGAAUGGGAGGAUGUUGGCGAAGCUGUUGAGGUCGAGCAGGAUGUUCAAGUGCCACCAGUACAACGCUGAGCAUAAUGAUGUACGAAUCUGGGAGAAUAACUGUAAAUUAUGUACAAUCAGGGACAUAGAAUGGUGUCAUGCGGCGCCAAGGAUAUCAAUUGCCUUCU